GCGCUGCUCGCCAAUUGUGCUCGGAGGCGGAGGCGGAAGGUGAGUGUGUUCGGGCAAAGCUGGAAGACUAGGAGAGAUCUACUCAUAAAAAGCAGAAACCAAAUGCAAAUAAGCUUCUUCCCGGCUUUGCUGCUGCCCGCUUGAAGGCUUCUUUUCUCAUGUAAUGUACUCACUCACCCAAGAAAUCAAAUCCUUCUCCAGGACUAAUUUGAAAAAGCAAUGCACCAGAGUCACAACUUUAUCUGGGAAGAGACUUAUCGAGACCUGGAGGGAUGCCCAGAUGCAAGUGGUGGAGGUAGCUAAUUGUAAUGAGGGGGAUGCCUGUGGUUAUGUGCAGGACCUGAGCCUGGAUCUUCAAAUUGGGGUGAUUAAGCCGUGGCUGUUGCUGGGUUCACAAGAUGCUGCUCAUGACCUGGAGACAGUGAAAAAAUAUAGGGUUACCCAUGUUCUAAAUGUAGCUUAUGGAGUCGAAAAUGCCUUCCCCCAUGACUUUACAUAUAAAACCAUCCCUAUUCUUGACCUGCCUGAGACUGACAUCGCCUCCUAUUUCCCUGAAUGUUUUGAAUUUAUUGAGCAAAUCAGGUUAAAGGAUGGUGUUGUGCUUGUUCACUGUAAUGCAGGAGUUUCCCGGGCAGCAGCAAUUGUCAUAGGGUUCCUAAUGCACUCAGAAGGACUCGAUUUUGCUAGGGCUUUUUCUGUGGUGAAAAAUGCAAGACCUGCCAUUUGUCCAAAUUCUGGCUUCAUGGAGCAACUCCAGAAAUACCAUCAAUGCAACAGUUAAAACAAAGGAAACUUAAGUGGUAUAGUAGAAUGAUGAAGAAUGAACUU